UCAAACAGAGAUUCUGGAAAGUCGCCUCCAACACUUGUCGCAUAUUAAUUUCAAUUGGCAUUUGGUUUGUGCGCAGGUUGCCCUGAAGCGUCAGCAGGCGGUGGAGGAUGCGAUUGCCCUGCGCCUGGUGGCAAAUAAGACGGGACGCAAAAUCGAAGCAUUGCCGCCGGGCAGCAUUUUUGGCCUGACCGUUACGCAGCCCAAGGAGCAGCCACAGCCACAGCAGCAGCCGCAGCAGCAGCACGAGCAGGAGACGGGUAAAGAGCAACACCAAGAACAAGAGCUGCAAAAGCAGGAAGCGCAGCCUGAAUCCGUGGCUGUAGCCGAGGAUCUGAGUGCGACGCGUCGCGAAUUUGUCUCCCAGAGUGCGAUCGAUAUGCUGGCCCAGCUCUUUCCACAGCGCAAGCGAUCCGUGCUGGAGCUGGUGCUCAAGCGCUGCGACUUGGACUUGAUACGCGCCAUCGAAAACGUCUCCGACGUUUCUGCCCAGACGCCACCGACGGAACAGGCGACAGUGGAGCUGCUGCCCCAGUUGCCGUCGCAACCUUUGCAAUCCCUGCAGCUGGCCAUGCCACCACGGAGCAGCGCCUUUCGACCGGUUAUAGCCGAACAGUACGCAUCAAAGGCUUCGUCGACGGCUGCAGCUGCCAUUUGCGCCUAUCCCAAAUGGUUUGUGCCGCUCUCGUUUCCCGUUACCAUGGGCCAUUUGUCGAACUUGGCGCCUCGCUGCAAUCUGCCCAACUGCAACUGCUUGGACAGUUAUCAAUUCCAUUAGCAGCAGCAACAACAAC